AUGGCAUCUUCAAACGAGUUUCCUAAGCCUAAGUAUGUCACUGGCGGUUGUCUAUGCGGGUCGUUGAGAUACAGAAUCGACUUCCCCGAGAAUCAUGACUUCGACAAGAAUUCUUUCACCUGCCAAUGCACCCAAUGCCGCAGGAACACGGGCUCUUUUUUCCUGCCCACGCACCAUGUCCUACACUCGGCAUUCCGCUGGACCAGCGCGGACGCCAACUCGCUGUCGCGCUAUCAGACUACGCCCACAGCCGAGCGCGGCAUCUGCACCACUUGCGGCAGUUUCUUGUAUUGGCGCCGCGUAAGCCCGGGGCCGACAGAGAUGUAUAUCGCUGUCGGAUGCAUUGAUCCGCUUUUCCUGUUCGGCGAGGGCGCUGAUGGGACCACGGUGCCAAAGGAGGGCUUUGGGCGCGCGCUUGCGAGUGGUGCGGGUUGCCACGUCUGGUGCGAUAAUGAGAUCCCCGGAGUCACGAGUAAAGAUAGGAUGGAAUAUUUGCAUGGGAGGGGGCAGAGGUGCGCGAAGAAUGAUUAA